AUGGGCGAGCUGAGCCUGGGCAGGCCCGCGCCGGGGGCGGGCCGUGCCGCGCCGGGGGCGGGCCUGGGAGAGCGGAGCCGGGGCAGGCCGGGGCGGGCCGUGCCGCGCCGGGGAGAACCGAACCGUGCCGGGGCGGUCCGAGCCGAACCGAGCCGUACCGUGCCGCGCCGGGGCGGGCCGAACCGAGCCGGGCCGUGCCGCGCCGGGGCGGGCCGAGCCGAACCGAGCCGGGCCGUGCCGCGCUGGGGCGAGCCGAACCGAGCCGGGCCGUGCCGCGCCGGGGCGGGCCGUGCCGCGCCGGGGCGAACCGAGCCGCGCCGGGGCGAACCGAACCGCGCCGGGGGCGGGCCUGGGCGAGCUGAGCAUGGGCAGGCCGGGGGCGGGCCGUGCCGCGCCGGGAGCAGGCAGUGCCGCGCCGGGGGCGGGCAUGGGCGAGCUGAGCCUGGGCAGGCCCGCGCCGGGGGCGGGCCGUGCCGCGCCGGGGGCGGGCCUGGGAGAGCGGAGCCGGGGCAGGCCGGGGCGGGCCGUGCCGCGCCGGGGAGAACCGAACUGUGCCGGGGCGGUCCGAGCCGAACCGAGCCGUACCGUGCCGCGCCGGGGCGGGCCGAACCGAGCCGGGCCGUGCCGCGCCGGGGCGGGCCGAGCCGAACCGAGCCGGGCCGUGCCGCGCCGGGGCGGGCCGAGCCGAACCGAGCCGGGCCGUGCCGCGCCGGGGCGAACCGAGCCGCGCCGGGGGCGGGCCUGGGCGAGCUGAGCCUGGGCAGGCCGGGGGCGGGCCGUGCCGCGCCGGGGGCGGGCCUGGGCGAGCUGAGCCGGAGCGGGCCGGGGCGAACCGAACCGCGCCGGGGCGGGGCGGGGCGGGCCUGGGCGAGCGGAGCCAGGGCGGGCAGGAGCGGAGCCGGGCCAGGGCGGCCCAUGCCGCGCUGGGGGCGGGCCUGGCCGAACCGAGCCGGGCCGUGCCGCGCCGGGGCGGGCCGAGCCGAACCGAGCCGGGCCGUGCCGCGCUGGGGCGGGCCGAGCCGAGCCGGGCCGAGCCGGGCCGUGCCGCGCCGGGGCGAACCGAGCCGCGCCGGGGGCGGGCCUGGGCGAGCUGAGCCUGGGCAGGCCGGGGGCGGGCCGUGCCGCGCCGGGGGCGGGCCUGGGCGAGCUGAGCCGGAGCGGGCCGGGGCGAACCGAACCGCGCCGGGGCGGGGCGGGGCGGGCCUGGGCGAGCGGAGCCAGGGCGGGCAGGGGCGGAGCCGGGCCAGGGCGGCCCAUGCCGCGCUGGGGGCGGGCCUGGGCGAGCUGAGCCGGGGCAGGCCGGGGUGGGCCGUGCCGCGCCAGGGGCGGGCCGUGCCGCGCCGGGGCGAACCGAACCGCGCCGGGGCGGGAGGAGCCGAACCGAGCUGUGCCGCGCCGGGGCGGGCCUUGCCGCGCCAGGGGCGGGCCGUGCUGCGCCGGGGCGAACCAAGCCGCGCCGGGGCGGGGCGGGGCGGGCCUGGGCGAGCGGAGCCGGGGCGGGCAGGGGCGGAGCCGGGCCAGGGCGGCCCAUGCCGCGCUUGGGGGCGGGCCUGGGCGAGCAGACCCGGGGCAGCCCGGCGCGGGCCGAGCCGAACCGAGCCGGGCCGUGCCGCGCCGGUAGGCCGUGCCGCGCCGGGGCGGGCGGAGCCGAACCGAGCCGUGCCGCGGGGAGAACCGAACCACUCCGGGGCGAGCCGAGCCGGGGAGAGCCGAGCCAAGCUGGGCCAGGGCGGGGAGAACCGGGCCAGGGCGGGGCAGGGUGAGCCGAGCCGGGCCGUGCCGGGUUGGGGUGAGGCGGGGCGAGCCGAACCGGGGCGGGCCGAGUGGAGCUGGGGGGGCGGGGGCGGGGCGAGUGGGGGUGGAGCGGGGGUUGAAGUCUGCUCCUGGGACACAUGGGUCACUUUUGCAAGCUUCUUACUAUUCACAGCCACCCCACUCUCAACUAUAUUGAGCUGCAGGUAUGUUGAGAGCCGAGCCGAGCCCGGCCAGGAGGGCCGGAAAAAGGCAAUGCAGUCUGGGAAAAUCCCAUUGCUUGGCUCGGCUCGGCACGCCCCGGCCCGGUGCAGCUCGGCUCGGCUCGGCUCGGCUCGGCUCGGCGCGCCCCGGCUCGGCCCAGCUUGCCUCCCCACCCCUCCCUCCUAG